AUGCCGGCCAAAAUGCAGCUCCUUAUCAGAUGUAACGGGAGGAUUUUCCUGGCUAUUUGUUUAAUCCUCUUUGUGGGAUACACGGCGCAAGGUGCUCCGAUGCAGAGGGCGAGGUACAAGAGAGUGAGGUGCCGAUCUGACUCCUGGUCUGCUAACUGCAUUGAGGAGAAGGGGCCCUGGUUCUACAUGCCCACCGGUGGAGCCAACAGGAUCCUUCCGCCCAUGGCAGACCCGUCCCUGAUGAAGAGGUACCAAGAACUGGGUGACAUAUUUCCACUCUCAGAUGAGGAGUCCGGCUCGGGGUCUGACACCGCAGUGGAAGCAGAGCCAGCCUCCGGGUCGGGGCUCGGUGACGGCGACGGCUUCUCCGAGGCGAACCUGCCCACCUUCCUAGCGGGCCUGCGAGAUGGCAAGCUGAAGCAAAAGCUAACGGAGGAGGAUUUGCUCCUGUAG